CAGGAGUGUUGAAUGUUGAACGAUUUAAAUAUGAAUGUGGUCUGUUGUUUUAAAGUGUUUGCAGCAAGCGAUGUGCCUGUGAGCUCUCUGUGUAAAUCACGCUGUUGUUGUUGCUCUGCAGUCGAAGAGCUACAUGUGCAGCAGUCAAGGGAAGAUCCUGUGCUUCACACUCGACUUCGAGUCGGGCUUCUCCUGCUCCGAAAACAUCUCAAAGAAAACCAUCUGGAAAUACAAAUUCUCCCAGCUGAAGGGUUCAUCGGAUGACGGCAAGACACGAGUGAAGCUCCUGUUCCAGAAUUCAGAGAAUAAACAGAUCGAAAUGAAGGAGCUGGAGUUUGCGAAUCUGACGGCUGUGCUUCAUUGCAUUCACUCGUUCAUCGCUGCUAAAGUGGCCACGGUGGAUCCCGUCUUUGUCAACAAUCAAAGUCUGACGCAGAAGUACAUGUGCAGCAGCUAGAAACAUCCGUGUGUGACCAACACGUACAGUCUCAUCUGGUUCUCUGAUUUUAUGCACAAUAUAUCUAGUUCUUGUUAUUUUUGUACGAAUCUUCUAAAUUCAGAGCGACGUUUAAGGAGCACUUUGGGUAUGUUUUGGGUUAUGAUUUCUUUCUUACCUACUAACGUGUUCAAUCAUAUGCUUAAACUGAUUAUGUAGCAGAGCAGAUGUUGACAUACGGUUUUAUGAGUUGAUGUAUGAACAGCAUUUGACAAAUUUACAGGGCGAAACGGGUGAAACUGAGACUUCCAGCUGUAAAAUCAACCAAACUAAGAUGAAUACUUGUGUUCUUUUGCCCUUUUGUUUUCUAUUCAUCGCCUCAAACCUCUUCAUUUAGCACAAAGAGUAGUAACAGCAAGUCAUAUAUAUAUAUAUAUUAUA